AUGAUCGGUCCCGGGAGAGAGGAAAUAAACCAGGGCACGCGACAGAGCCGCGAACUUGCUCCACAUAUUUCGCAUAUUCCAUGUAUCGAAAUUGCCCAACGCCGGCCCUCUACAUUCCUGUCACUGGCGCCCAACAUGUCGGACUCGUACCCUCGCACCCAAAGAGCCCAGCAGCCUCUUACGGCCGAGGCGCUCGCCAGUGUUGCGAAGCAGGACGGCGAAGAUAACGCCGACGCCCUGAAGCGCCGCACCUCUAGCCUCAGCAGCGACGCGUCCAAGAGCCGGCUCCGCUUCCUCAAGCUCGGACCUGUCCACUGGGGUGAACAUCAGGACGACCACAAGGACGACUUCCACGAAGUCGCAGUCGAGUAA